AGUCCCAACAAAUACUUCGCGUACGAGCGCGCGACGCACAUUUUCCCCCACCACUCCAGACCGUCAGGCUGUGCGUCUUUCUAGGCUGGGUGUUUGGGCGCGACGCGCCUUUUCUUCUGUUUUUCCAGCCUUGUCCGGUGGUAACUGCAGCCACCGCCCGUGCACCCGUCCCGCGGUGGUGGCAGUGCGUAUACAGUUGACAAUCUGGAAAUCCGACGUCUAGCACCAUAGCCGUUUCAUUUCAUAAUGGCUCUCGCGUUUGGCGUCGCGCUACGGCGAAACUCGGUACUGGCGUUUGUCUUGCUGCUCUGCAACUCCCAUGCUACUGUAGCUCGCGGGAUUCUGCCUCAUACCUUGAGAUUGGUUAUUUCAACGGAUAAGAUGGAUGAUCGGGGAAAUCCAACGGCUGAGACUCAUCUGGCUGCAGAUUCAGGCAAGAUGAAGCAGCAGGCUGACACCUUGGAGCUGUUGACCGAAUCGAACGGCUCCAGUGCAUUCACGGGAUUGGUCGUUUCAGUCAGGAGUAGCACAGGAGCCAGCGAGACAGAGGCAACCGAAGGCACUGUAGCAGAUGUGCCUCUAUCCAAAACUGUGACUGUACCCGGAACCGUGACUGUAUUCGAUAAGUGCACAGCAGAGCGAGCAGCAGCAGGAUCAGCACCGCGAAGGAGAAGACUGUCAGGGUUUGAGACGUACGACAUCCGGCGAGUGCGGGAGUGGGUGGUUGCACAUAACAGCGUCAGAAAGCUUCACAACAAGCAAGACGUCGGCGCUAAGAGAGCCAGGUCUGUCAUUGAGGCACAACAGCAUGCCUCCGGAGGCUCCUCUCUCCCCCCUCUUCUCUGGGACCCUGCCUUGGCGCGCUUCGCUCAAGCGCACGCGGAUUCGGUGGGUGCCAACGCGCAAUGCCGCCCGGAAGCCAACGAGGCGGCGGGGGAGGCAGGGCUGGGGGAGGUGUAUCUGUGGGGCGCGGUGGAGAAGGGGGAGGCGCUAUUCAUGGCUAAAGAGGCGGUUGAAGCGUGGGCGGAGCAGGGCAAGCACUACAGCAGCAGCACAGGAGGGUGCGAGCCAGGGAAGGAAUGUGGAGCCUUCAUCCAGCUGACGUGGCGUGAGACAAGGAGAGUGGGAUGUGGCGAGGCUCUUUGUCCCUACAAGGGCAACUUCACCGGAGUGGCCCAGUUUUUUGUCUGCAACUACUACCCACCUGCUCAGCUUUCGAUGCUAGAAUAAUAGUAUUUUGCGUUUUCACUGGUUUGAACAAACGAAUCGUAGCCUGAAUAUAGUAGUAAUAUUGUUCCCAUAGGAAUCUCCUUAAUCCUUGGACUUUGGAGUGUACAUAUAGAAUAUCGUAAACCCU